AUGACGAGCGAGGUAGGACUGGCGGUUUCUGAGCAUGGGAGUUUGGCUGUCGUCAAGCGAAGUGAAGGACGGAUUGAAUUGUUCCGCAGUUCAAGAGUUGUUGAUAAUUCAAGUCAGCAAAAUCAAACAAUUACUGAAGAUCUCAUAAGUCCUUACGAUAUCUGCUUCGCACCAAACAACCACCUUGUUGUGACGGACAUUGGUGAUAAGACUUUUAAGGUAUUUAACUUUGAGGGAUCACCUGAAUUGGUUAGCAAAUUCAGCUGCCUGAUGCGAAUCAGAGAUGGACGUACUUUUAUAAAAAAUUGUGAAAACUUGUUGAGUCCUUCAGGCCACUUAAUACUAGUACCUCAAAAUAUAGUCGCCGGACCGAUUACUUCAUCGCAACUUUUUGUUGUAUACGGAAAUCUUAUCUUUGUCAUUACAAUGGACUGGAAUACAGUGGAAAUUCUUGACUUUCAUAAGCUAUCUUCCUCACAAGAUUGGGCCCGUGUUCAGAGGAAGGCGCGUGCGGAAUGUGACAAGGAUAGUCUUGUUCACGACCACAGUGAGAAUCAUAAACUUGGAGGACGUAAUCCCUUGGCAAUCACUAAAGCUCAGUUCUGCGCCAUGUUCUACCACGUUACACAGACAAGAAGAGGUAACAUAAAUUACAAAUGCCUUGAAAGUUCGCAAUGCCGUGUUGGUAAAAUGCCGAGGCGAGCCGAUCCGAGAUUUGAUUAUGCCGCCUCUGUAGUCAUCUAUGUUCGCUUGACCGACCGAACAGGAAGAUUGAUUUUUCAUGCUAGAUAUGGAAAUUGCUCUGAAAGCGAACGCCGCAAUACAAUUCAUGCGGAAUACUUUAUGCUGAUGGACGAGGAGUUUAAAGAAGCUGUGCUGUUGCUUCAAGAUCAGAGAGGAGGUAGCGUUACUAUGUUCAUGAACAAACAGCCUUGCUAUAAAUCAACUAAACACCACGACAGAAUGCCUGGCCUCACAAAAAAACAAUGCGCACAGGACUUAGUGGAAUUCUAUAACUUGCACUGUUCAUCUUAUGGUGUCAGCGUCACUAUUAAUCUCUGCCAGUUGUACAAAGUUGACAGGCCAACGACGCCGCAGUUUGAGGAAGAUAUCACUAACAGCUUAGAGGGAAUGGGCAAGAUGAUUGCUGCCGGCAUCAAGUUAAAGGCAAUGACUAAGAAAAGUUGGCUGCAACUUGCUGGAUACGCCUGUAUGACACUACCUUUAUAUGAUGGAGGAGAACGGCAAAAGUUGGAUCAACACAUCAGAGAAUUUCUCGUCGCUUGCGAAGGCCAAAGAACAGCCGGCGCAGGCCAGAAUCAAACAGAGAAGGAAGAGAUAGACACUAAAGGUCAUUUACAAGCCAAGAUAGAAUGAUGGAAAUAUAUAUGCGUAGUAUUUAAUUUUAAGCUUGACGCUACUUUAUACAUUUGCUGUUCGGAGAAACAGCUCAGAUUAAGCUGGAGUUCGUUAACGCACCAGGUGACUAUUCACUCUCCUCCACAUGGAAAAUCGAAAUCCUAAUCGGGGGAACAGUUAUUUUAUUCGGAUUUGAAUCGUUGAGAAUAUUUAAGGAAAUAGGCGGAUUGUACAAUGUACGUUUGAGUUCUUCAAAAUCCUCCUGUGUCAAAAAAAAAAAACAGUUCGAGCGACUGAUUUAUAGAAUUCAGUAUGAAUAGCGAUUCCGUAGGUUAUCAACUGCGUGUAGACACACGAUAAAAUUGCAAAAUAAAUUCAUGAAACUCGUGGUAAUUUUCUUUGUUUUUGACCAUCUAAAUACUUUUCGGUUGCUCUGUUGUUGCCAAAACUGCCAGAAAACAUUAUUUUGAAGCCAAAAGAAGUUGUCUAGAAGUCAUACCACAUGACAAGUGGCAAACCUCACCUUACUCUUCGCCCUUAUCCGCCCGAGAGACAAUUGCUACAAAUAAUUUCCUAACACUCGUCGUUCAGUUGACUAUUUCUUUUAUUCUCUCUUCAAUUACACAAGGAACUUUUCGAAUCCCUCAAAACGUAGCUAUCAGUUCCGGACCUUCAUCGCAACUAUUCGUAUCAAGUGGAAUGGAAGUAAUUGUGAUCAACAUGGACUGGAGUAAGCAAAGCCUCGUCAGCCACCUUCCUAUUUGUCCUCCCUUAGAUUGGCGACUACUACAGUUCGAUAAAAGGUUAGUUUGUGAUAAUGUUAGUUCAGUGCAAGAUCACAAAAACAGUCACGAGGUUGGUGGGUUCAACCCCAUGGCAUGCCCAUGGCAAUCACAAAAGCUCAGUUCUGUGGUAUGUUUUACCACGUAACAGAAACGAACCACACGGGAUUUUCGUGUCUCGAACAAUCGAAAUGCAACGUUGGAAUACGAGGGGGCAGGAGAAAAUUUUCUGAGACGGUUGUGAUUACGUACGAAUAACAGAGAAGAACGGUCGACUUUUAUUUCACGCCAGAUAUGGCAACUGUUAUGAAGGAGUUUACGAAAGCACCACCCACGCAGAGUAUUUCAUGCUGGUGGAUGAUGAUUUUAGAGAAGCGGUCAAUAUUCUUCAAAAUCAGAACGGAGGAGACAUCAACUUAUUCAUGAACAAACAACCUUGCUAUAGAUCAACAGGACAUGGAAAGAAAACCGUCCUCAAGGUAAAAGACUGUGCUCAAGAUCUGAUCAAUUUUUAA